AUGGCUUCCAUACCCAUUAUCGUCAAACACGCGGGCAAGCGCCACGAAGUCGACCUCGAUCCCGAAGCCAACGGUGAAACAUUAAAAUAUCAGCUAUUCUCUCUGACCGGUGUCGAGCCUGAGCGACAAAAGCUUUUGGUAAAAGGUGGUCAGCUUAAGGAUGACACCCCUCUGGCAUCCCUUAAGGCCAAGCCAGGGCAGAUGUUUAUGAUGAUGGGCACGCCAUCCGGAGCCCAGGGAGCUGCGGACCUUGGGCGCCCCAAAGAAGCUGUGAAGUUCUUGGAAGACAUGACAGAGGCGGAGGUUGCGCAACAAGAAGGUGCCACUCCUGCUGGACUGCAAAAUUUGGGCAACACGUGCUAUCUCAACUCCACUCUCCAAACACUACGGGGCGUUCCAGAGUUGCAGGAAGAGCUUCAGCGAUACCAGUCUGGUGGCAGCUCAGGGCGCUCCAAUCUUGCAGAUCUGAGCAGCUUUGGUUUGAGUGGCUUGGGUGGCUCCACUGAUCUAACUGCUUCCUUGAGGGAUUUGUUUAAGCAGAUGUCCGAGACCCAGGAAGGUGUUCCACCCCUCAUGUUCCUCAACGCUCUGCGAACAGCUUUCCCACAAUUCGCUCAGCGUGACAGAAACGGGCACGGCUAUGCGCAACAAGAUGCGGAGGAAGCGUGGUCGCAGAUUGUGAAUCAACUACGAAACAAGCUCACCAUCUCUGACGGUUCUGGUGAUUCCUCCUUUGUUGACAAAUACAUGGCCGGUCGUUUUGACUCGGUGACCGAGUGUAACGAAGCCGGAGCCAAGGAGGCGGGUGAAGAAUCAACCAAAUCGUCCGACAUGUUCUUCAAACUCGAUUGCCAUAUCGGCAAGGAGACCAAUCAUCUUCACGAUGGCAUCAUGGCAGGGUUGGAGGAGCAGAUCGAGAAGCAGUCCCCAUCCCUAGGCCGCAAUGCUCUUUACACUAAGCGGUCACGCAUCUCCCGUCUACCAAAAUAUCUUACUGUGCACUUUGUGCGGUUUUUCUGGAAGCGUGAGACUCAGAAAAAAGCAAAAAUUAUGCGUAAGGUCACGUUCCCCGCUGAGCUCGAUGCUGUGGAGUUCUGCACCGAGGAGCUGAGGAGUCAGCUCGUUCCUAUUCGCGACAAGGUCCGUGAGAUUCGCAAGGAUGAGGUGGACCUUGAGCGAUCCCGCAAGCGCCAGAAAUUGAGCAAUCAGCGGACAGAAGAACAAAAGAAGGCGGAAGAGGCGGACGCUCAGGCAAGCAAAGAGCCUAUGCAAAAGAAGAAGGAGGUCGCCGAGGGCAAGACCAAAGCCAAUGACAAUGAUGGUGACGUCAACAUGGAGGAGAAUUUCAAGACGGAUGCCGAGUAUGAAGCAGAGAAGCUCCAAGAGAUUACGGCUGCUAAGAAGGAGUUGUACGAGCUGAUCAAGCAGCAUUCCUCUGGCGACAGCGGCAACAAUCAAUCUGGCUUAUACGAGCUUCGUGGCGUGAUCACCCACCAGGGUGCCAGCGCUGACAGCGGUCACUACACCGCAUAUGUGAAGAAGCAGGCACGGAAGUCGAGCAGCCCUCAGACUGGCGACAAGCGUCGUGACGACGAAGAAGAUGGCAAGUGGUGGUGGUUCAACGACGACAAGGUUACCGAGGUUGAGGCUGAGAAGAUUGAGACCCUUGCUGGUGGUGGCGAAUCUCAUUCUGCUCUGAUUCUUCUCUACCGAGCCAUUGAGCUACCCGCUCUUGAGCAGUGA